AUGUACCUCAAAGCUCUCAUCACCUUCGUGCCACUGGUGGCAUCCGCCAUCCUGUCCCCUAGGCAAGCAGCUCCGACAGAAAUCUAUCGCUUCCAGAACGGCUGGAUAGAAAACCUCGCCACGCACUCCAACGGCGCCCUCCUCGUGACACGCAUGGACCAGCCCGACCUCUGGUCUGUUAAUCCCUCCAGCAAAACCGCAACCAAACUUUACACCUUCCCAGAUGCCUACGCAACGGGCGGCCUUGUGGAGAUGUCGCCAAACAUCUGGGCCGUCAUCACAGGCAAAUACCGUUCGGGUACGAACACGCCCGGGUCGUGGGGGAUUUGGAAAGUCGACCUCACCGGUCCCACCGCCAAGGCCUCGGUCGUGAAGGUUGUGCCAGAGAGCAAGCUCUUCAACGGCCUCGCCAAAUUCGAGCACGACAAGACGAAUAACACGCUGCUCAUAGGCGACGCGGCAGCAGGCGCGGUAUACAAAAUGAACUUUUCAACGGGGGCGUAUUCGAUUCUUCUAGCGGACAAAUCGAUGAAUCCUCAGGGGUUUCUCCCGUUCGGCAUCGACGGGAUGAAAUUCUUCAACGGGAGCUUGUACUUCACUAACAUUGGCCAAAACACGUUCAACAGGCUCCCCAUCGACACGGCUGGUAAGCCUGGGUCUGUCAGCACGAUUUUUAACAACUCACCUGGAGACGACUUCAUUUUUGACGCAGCGGGCAACGCGUACAUUGCGACGAAUACGCAAAAUUCUGUCAUCAAAGUCGAUCCGGCGGGCAAGGUCACUAAGCUGGCAACAGUUCAGGGGUCAACCUCGACGACGCUGGGAAGGGCGGAAAAGGAUGGGAAUGUAUUAUACAUCGGCAGCAGCCAAGGAACCAUCUCAGCAAUCACAGUCAAAUGA